UACUACUAAAGCAGCAUUGCAGUCCAGGAAGAUUUCCAUUGCACCCAGAGUGGGAAAUCUGUUGUCAUGAAGCGAAAGCUGGACGUCAAUGAUGCACCAACGGUCGAAGUCCCUCGAGAUCCUGAGGAACAUGGGUCAUCGUUCGAUUCGUUUGGCCUCGACCCUCGUCUGAUGCAGGCAAUUGCAAAAUCAGAUUUCUCCCACCCUACACCCGUGCAGGCGAAGGCCAUUCCUCUGGCACUUGAAGGGAAAGAUGUCCUUGCAAAAUCCAAGACCGGAUCUGGAAAGACCGCCGCCUACGUUCUCCCCACCCUCCAAGCGAUCCUGCGCCGAAAAUCCUCCUCCCUCGACGGCAAGGCCACCUCUGCUCUCGUCCUCGUGCCCACGAGAGAAUUGGCAGAUCAAGUAUACAAAGCCUUCAAUACCUUCUCGGCGUUCUGCUCGAAAGAUGUACAGACACUGAAUUUGACACAAAGAGUCUCGGACACAGUCAUGAAUGCGGUGUUGCAGGAUUUCCCAGAUGUCAUUGUUACAACCCCCGGCAGAGCGACCCAGUAUCUCGGCUCGGGCAGGCUCUCUCUUGACAACAUCCAGCAACUCGUCAUCGACGAAGCUGACAUUGUACUUUCCUAUGGCUAUGAAGACGAUAUCAAUGCGAUCGCUGCAGCCCUUCCACGGGGUGUGCAGACAUACUUGGUCAGCGCCACCCUGACGCCGGAGGUCGAAGAGUUGAAGACCAUCUUUUGCCGUGACGCGGCAGUGGUCAAGAUUGACGAGAAGGAAGAAAAGGGCGAGGGCGUGACUCAAUAUGUGGUACGCUGCGGUGAAGAUGAGAAGUUCUUGCUCAUAUAUGUUCUGUUCAAGCUGCGCCUCGUCAAGGGAAAGUGUCUGGUAUUUGUGGCGGAAGUUGACAGAAGUUAUCGGCUAAAGCUCUACCUGGAGCAAUUCGGGAUUAAAUCGUGCGUGCUGAACGCGGAAUUGCCGGUCAACUCUCGGUUGCAUGUGGUACAGGAGUUCAACAAGGGGCUCUACGAUAUCCUUAUCGCAGCCGACGAUCAAGAGGUUCUUGGAGGUGUUGUGAAGAGGCAAAAGACGCAAGCAGAGGUAGCAGAAGACCCAGCCAAUGAGAUGAGCGAGGAGGACGAGGAGGAAGUGCAACGACCUGCCAAAAAGGCCAAACGGUCAAAGAAACACGAAAAGGACUAUGGGGUGUCGAGGGGCAUCGACUUUCAGAAUGUGGCUUGCGUGAUCAACUUCGACCUUCCCCUAACCUCCAAGUCCUACACACACCGCAUUGGCCGGACAGCACGAGCAGGGAAAGCAGGAAUGGCACUGUCGUUCGCGGUUCCCAAGGACAAGUUCGGCAAACAUAGGGCGACCAGCAUUCUCUCCGCGAAGGGCGAUGAACGUGUUCUGGAGAAGAUCAUUGCCCGGCAGACCAAGAAAGGCAACGAAGUGAAGCCCUAUCAUUUCGACAUGGCACAAGUGGACGCCUUCCGCUAUCGCAUGAAUGAUGCACUGCGUGCUGUGACCGGGGCUGCUGUGCACGAGGCGCGUGCUAGAGAAAUCAAGCAAGAAUUGAUCAAGUCGGAGAAGUUGCGAAAACAUUUUGAAGAGAAUCCCGAAGACUUGCGACACCUGAGACACGACGGCGAACACGGGGCGAUCGUCCGGCAUCAAGGGCACCUGAAGCAUGUUCCUGAAUACUUGAUGCCGGCAGCGGGGAAAAAGGCGCUGAGUGCCGACGAAGUCGGGUUUGUUGGAUUGAGAGGUGACAAUAAGCGGAGGGACGUCAAGAAGCGAGGAGGUCGCAAGGCGCGAUUUGGCGGGAGGUCCAAGGGGAAGAUUGACCCGUUGAAAUCCUUCAGUGCGCGGAAGAAGCGUUGAGCAAAGCAGUGUUACUGACGAUGGACUCUGUGGUUCAGCAGGAGGAUUGUUCCCAAUUCAAUGGACAGUUCAACGACAUGUCUUGCUUGCUAUGCUCCUAGAUUGCUCCCAUACAAAGUCGUCUAAUAUCGAAGCAUCUCAUCCCACAGACACUGCUGAAAUAGCCGUCAACCUCAUCAAAAGUCCUCGAUAUCUCUCUGCGCUCCACAGCAGUCCGUCA